CAUUUUAUUGAACAGGCCAGGGCUGGGUCGGUAGUUCCGCUUCCCCUUCGCCAUAGCGGAAUUAUCCAAGGGCCGAAAAGAUAGAAGAAAAGUUGCACUGUAAAUAGUUGGAGUCACCUUUUUACUGAGUUAUUUAUACGCCGAAUGUACCGGUCCUCGCGUUACGGUGGAGUUACUUUUAAAGGAUAUACAGACGUUUUGCACACAGCCGAGGAUCGUCCGGGAGUGAAGUUCUAAUCAAGUUUAACUGGUGUGGAAUCUCCGGUGAGCUUCGCUGCUCCUGCGUCGCCUUCGUCAGCUAAAUAAAGCUCAUUUGUGCGGGAUAGUUUGAGAAUUUGCGUGCUUAGUGAUUUCAAAACACCGCUUAACAGUGUUAUCUCGGGGGGUCGUGGAGGAACCCUCAAGUCUGGUUGUCAAACACUAGUUAGCUUUAGCUGAAAGCUCUAUUUAAGGCUUGCAGUCGCUCGUAUAGCUCGCUAAUGUUAGCUUCUAGCUAGCACACUUGUUGGCCAAGUAGUUAUCCUAGCGUUAGCCUGCUAGCCGCCCCUGUUGGUACUCAUUUGAAGGGCAUUUUGAGUGGACAUAGAAGUAGAAACAUCGUUAUAUGGAAUAAUGGGUUCCUAAACGUGGCUGUGCUUGUACGUUUUAAAUCUUAAUUUUAAGGACGAAGGCGCAAGCUUUUCAUUUUUAUGCACUAGGUACUACUUGGUAUAUUUUUUUCUCCUGUAGUGCAUGAACACACCAGUGUCUCGUGCUGAUGUGAGAUCCACCUUCCUCCCUCACUGCUUACCAUCCUCACACGCUGUAUUCCACUCCCUGGUUAUCCCUGUGAGGCUUGCAACCACCUCCUAGCCAUGUGUGAUAACGGAGAUCCUGAGGAUAAACCCCCUGCCCCUCCGGUCAGGAUGAGCAGCACUAUCUUCAGCACUGGCUCUGGAAAAGACUCACUCUCAGCCAACCACAGCUCUAAACCUCUGCCUUCUGUGCCCGAGGAGAGGAAGCGCAAUAAGAUCAUCUCAAUCUUCUCUGGGGCUGAAAAAAGUGGUAGAAAGAAAGAUCGAGACAAAGAGCGACCAGAAAUCUCACCGCCUUCAGAUUUUGAACAUACCAUACACGUUGGGUUUGACGCUGUAACUGGGGAGUUCACGGGUAUGCCAGAGCAAUGGGCUCGACUACUCCAGACCUCAAACAUCACCAAGUCAGAGCAGAAGAAAAACCCACAGGCUGUGCUUGAUGUUCUUAAGUUCUAUGACUCUACAGGCAACGGUCGCCAGAAGUACCUCAGCUUCUCAUCCUCUGAAAAAGACACAUUCACUCCGGGGCCUCAGUCAGCUGCCAAAAAAGGCACUGAACCCUCAUCUCCAAAUAUCAAAGACAUUGAUGACGAUGACGAUGAUGAAGCUCCUCCUCCAGUUGUGGCACCAAGGCCAGACCACACAAAGAGUAUACAUACUCGCUCUGUCAUCGACCCCCUCCCUGUUCCAAGCGUAUGUCCAGAUGGAGAUGCUGCCUCCAAGACUGCAGACAGGCAAAAAGGAAGGAAGGGAAAGAUGUCAGACGAAGAGAUCAUGGACAAACUGAGAACCAUAGUCAGCAUUGGGGAUCCCAAGAAGAAGUACACCAGAUAUGAAAAGAUUGGCCAGGGGGCAUCAGGAACAGUAUUCACAGCCAUUGAUGUCUCCACAGGACAGGAGGUCGCCAUUAAACAGAUCAACUUACAAAAGCAGCCGAAGAAGGAGCUGAUCAUCAAUGAGAUUCUAGUGAUGAAGGAGCUAAAGAACCCAAACAUUGUCAACUUUUUAGACAGUUUCCUGGUGGGGGAGGAGUUAUUUGUGGUGAUGGAGUAUCUUGCUGGUGGCUCUCUGACAGAUGUGGUUACAGAGACCUGUAUGGAUGAGGCCCAGAUAGCUGCUGUCUGCCGAGAGUGUUUACAAGCUUUGGAUUUCCUGCACGCAAACCAGGUCAUCCACAGAGACAUCAAAAGUGACAAUGUUUUGCUUGGGAUGGAUGGUUCUGUUAAGCUGACCGAUUUUGGCUUUUGUGCCCAGAUCACUCCAGAGCAGAGCAAACGCAGCACCAUGGUAGGCACGCCUUACUGGAUGGCUCCUGAAGUGGUGACCAGAAAGGCUUAUGGGCCUAAAGUAGAUAUUUGGUCACUGGGUAUUAUGGCCAUUGAGAUGGUUGAAGGAGAGCCUCCCUACCUGAAUGAGAAUCCACUACGAGCAUUAUACCUAAUUGCUACAAAUGGCACACCUGAGCUUCAGAAUCCAGAGAAGCUGUCUCCAGUUUUCAGAGAUUUUCUAAACCUGUGCCUGGAAAUGGAUGUAGAGAAAAGAGGCAGUGGCAAAGACCUCCUCCAGCAUCCGUUUUUGAAACUGGCAAAGCCCCUCUCCAGUCUCACACCUCUCAUCUUGGCAGCCAAGGAGGCCAUGAAGAGCAAUCGUUAGCUGACGAAAAUAGCCAUCCUGCCUUCCCAUGCUGUGCACAGAUAUGUGCCAACUAUAUAGAUUUUGUGCCAGACAAUAGGCUGAGAGUGAUUUGCCACUCUUGACGCACCAGCCUUAUAAGCCCUGACAAACCUCACUGUGAAGAAGACCAAAAAUCUAGAGCACAACCCCACCGCUGUCCGUAUGAACUCUAUUCAUUCUCAGAUGUCAGAAGACAAGUCAAACUAAAGUGCUUAGUUUCAGAGUCGGGCAUAGUUCAUUUUGUACAUCAAUUCUUCUGGUGAUAAGUUAGGGCUAGGCUUGUAUUUAACUUGGAAUGAAGAAGAUGCCUAGUUCUACUUAGUUUUUUUUAAUCAACUGCCUUAAACAAAUGCAAAAUGUUGCCUAAUGUAUUGUUGAUUGUGUCAGUGUCUCUCUUCCCAUGAUUUUUACUACCUUUGUAAUUGACCCUUUAAGCUCGUCAGUGUCUUAGUUAUUUUGAUACUUGAAUUUCAUGUUUGUCCCCCUUCUUGUCAUUUAUUCUCUCAGUCAGUGAACACUCUUGCUAUUUCCACAUCCACCCAUGUUUUGUGGACAUUUCUUUUAAUGUUGGUUUUAUAGGAAACAUUUCAGUGCGGUCAUCAUCAUGAACGUGUUGUUAUUGUGGUGUUCUGAGUCUGUCACACCAGACAGAGCUACUGUACCUGUUCUUUCCCUGUAUCUUUAUAGUCUCCUGAUGCCAGAGGUGCACCUUACGGGCAAAUUAAAAUGUUAGAUUGACAGGGUUUCUACUUUCUUCUCUGUUGUUAAAACUGAGUAUUGUAUGUUGAACUCUGUCCUUUGUGUCCUUGUUGACUAAACAAAUGCUCUUUUCCCAUGUGUAUAUUGUGUACUUAAUAAUUAGUUUGAAAAACGUGACCAUAUGAUACUGGUUAGAUACAAUGGCUGGUAAAGACAAUUUGUUAACUGUUUCUCUUCUGGACAACUAACAACCUUGUCUGCACAUACAAAUAAAUUCGGCUGUUUUUACUUUUGUGA